AGGAUGCUCAAGCUCACACGGGCAAGGGAGGAAGCGUGUCAUGAGAGGUGAUGACACAACCGUGGAGCCGUGGCCACAUCCUCGCUGACUAUCAUUUGGCUACCGGUGACUGUUUUUGGCCUCCUCCACUGCACCACAGGAAAGAGAGUCAGAGAUAGCUUACCUUCAGCUUAUCUAUCUCUUCCUGUCGUUUUUCACUUUGUUUGUGGAUGAUGGGAUUUUAGCCAUGUGGAAGGUAUCUGAGCCGGUCCCCUGGAUUUUGCUGACACUGUGCCUUGUCCCGCCUGGCCUUCCCUGAGCAGGAUGGACACUCUGGAAUCAGAGUUGACCUGCCCAAUCUGCUUGGAGCUCUUUGAGGACCCGCUGCUGCUCCCUUGCGCCCACAGCCUGUGUUUUGGCUGUGCUCACCGCAUCCUCAUCUCACACUGCUCCACCAACGAAUCGGUUCAAAGCAUCGGCGCUUUCCAGUGCCCCACAUGUAGAUAUGUCAUUUCCCUGAGCCCUGAGCGUGGACUUGAAGGACUCAAGAGAAACGUGACCUUGCAGAACAUAAUUGACAGAGUUCAGCGGGCCUCAUCUUCAGCUGGGCUUCCUCUCCCAUUGCCCCUCCCGGCACCCCAAAGCGGACCUAACUCUCCCGUCGAGGAAGAUAACGACCGAUUGGCCUUGGUGCCCCUCAGCGCUGCCAUGUCCAACCCAGGCACCCCACCAGAGCCGGUCCAGUGCCAGUUCUGCGAGCAAGACCCUCCACAGGAAGCAGUUAAGACAUGCGUGACGUGCGAAGUUUCUUACUGCGAGGAGUGCCUCAGGGCCACUCACCCCAACAAGAAGCCAUUUACUGGACAUCGGCUCAUUGAACCUAUGCCGGGAUCCCACCUACGAGGGCUCCAGUGCUUGGAGCAUGAGGAGGAAAAAGUCAACAUGUACUGUGUAACUGACGACCAGCUCAUCUGCUCCCUGUGCAAACUGGUGGGAAGGCACAGAGACCAUCAGGUGGCAGCACUGAGUGAGCGUUUUGAAAAACUCAGGCAAGCCUUGGAUUCUAAUCUAAGCAAUCUUAUCAAGAGGAACAACGAGCUGGAGUCGCUAAUGGGGAAACUGAUUCAGACUUGUCAACACGUGGAGGUGAAUGCAUCCCGCCAGGAGGGCAAGCUAAUGGAUGAGUGCGACAUCCUGAUCGAAAUCAUUCAGCAGAGGAGACAGAUCAUUGGUAACAAAAUCAAGGAGGGGAAGGCACAAAGGCUUCGCAAGCUGGCCCAACAAAUCUCCAACUGCCAGCAGUGCAUCGAAAGGUCCUCUGUACUUAUCACACAAGCAGACCAGACACUGAAAGAGAAUGACCACGCCCGCUUCCUGCAGACCGCCAAGAGCAUCAACGAUAGGGUCUCCAUGGCAACUGCAUCAACCCAAGUACUGAUUCCUGAGAUACACCUGACAGACACAUUUGACAACUUUGCUCUGGACUUCUCCAGAGAGAAGAAACUGCUGGAGAAUCUCGAUUACCUCACCGCUCCAUCUGCUCCAUGCAUUAGGGAAGAGCUGUGCACAGCAUCCUAUGACACCAUCUCGGUCCAUUGGACAUCUGAUGAUGAAUUCACUGUAGUGUCCUACGAGCUCCAGUAUGCCAUCUUCACUGGACAGUCCAACAUUGCCAGUCUGUGCAAUUCUUUAGAGAGCUGGAUGAUAGUGCCCAACAUCAAGCAGAACCAUUACACGGUGCACGGCUUGCAGAGUGGCACCAAGUACAUCUUCGUUGUCAAGGCGAUUAACCAAGCUGGAAGUCGCAGCAGUGAACCCGGAACUCUGAAGACCAACAGCCAACCCUUCAAGUUGGACGCCAAAUCUGCUCACAAGAAGUUAAAAAUCUCCCAUGACAAUUUGACGGUGGAACGGGAUGAGAGCACAUCUAAAAAAGGCCAUAGUCAGGAGCGGUUCUCUAGCCAGAGCAGCUACGGCGUGGUGGGGAAUGUCUACAUUGACAGUGGAAGGCACUACUGGGAGGCACUGAUUGGGGGUAGCACAUGGUACGCUGUGGGAAUUGCAUACAAAUCAGCCCCUAAGCACGAGUGGAUAGGCAAGAACUCCUCCUCCUGGGUGCUCUGUCGAUGCAAUAACUCCUGGGUGGUUCGCCACAACAGCAAGGAGCUGGCCAUUGAGCCUUCACCCCACCUGCGCCGAGUUGGCAUCCUGCUGGACUACGACGCCGGCUACCUGACCUUCUAUGACGCUGUGGGCUCCCAGCACCUGCACACCUUCCACGUCUCCUUUGUCCAGCCUGUAUGCCCUGUGUUCAAUGUGUGGAACAAAUGUCUGACAGUCCUUUCGGGCCUCCCCAUCCCUGACCACCUGGAGGGACUGGAGCCUCAAGAGUGAAUGCAAUCACAUACCAUAUCGUCCUGAAAUGAACUUCACAUUCCAUAUUUUCUUUUACUUUCUGUGAUUUACUUGGGCACUCACCCAACAGUCUCGAUACAUAGUAUUAUUUGUGACUGUAAUAAUCCUAACCCAAUUGGAUGAAAGCAGGUGACAACUGAAAAUCAUUUCCAAUAAAUUGACAGUUUUGGGUACAGAAAUUUACUCUAGCUAUAUACUGUACAUUUUUACAACAGGAAACAAAGAAGCAUGCACAUUAUUUUGUUUACAGCAUCUUAUCAUUGCACACUGAACAUACUACAUGUACUGUAUUUGUAAACUGUUUUAAUAUUCCCAGUGUUCAUGAUAACUGAAAAGGAGUGAAGUUUGUUUGCACAAUAAAUGUGGGUGUAAAUACUGUAAUAUUAUUUGGCACUUAAAUGGACUGGGAUUGGCGAAGUUUUGAUUUUCUAUUGCUGGCAGUCGAGCAGGUUGUGCCAUUUUUACGUGAUACUUAAACUGUUGACAGAGGUGUAUAUGCUUGUGUUAUUUUGGAAAUUACACAAUUCAAGAUGUUUUCACAUAGUAGUCUUAUAUUAUUGUUUGCUAAGAUAAAAUAUAUACUGUAUAUUCUACUAAUAAAACUGUUCCUUUAUGUCCUUGGAGAGGUAUACAACAUGAUGUCUGUGCUUCACCCUUCCUCUGCAGUUACUGGUAACUUGCAUUUGGGGCAGUUGCCAACCAUGAAAACUCAAUCCUGUACCAAACAAAGUCCUGAGAAAUAAAAAAACUUUGCUAUUUAAGUAACAGUUAAUUCUAAAGCAAAAAAAAUAUAUUUCUAAAGAAAACCAGCACCCUUAAGUCACUUUUGACAGCAAUAAAGUGUAGCGUCUUGAUGUAAAUAGAAAGAUUUGGUUGUAUUUCUUGAUGUCAUUUUGUUGUCAAACCUGGUACAUUUUACAUUUUAAGGUGUGUGUAUCCUGUGUUUCCAUGGGAAGACAUUAUCUCUGUGCUCUAGCUGACACAUAUAAAUUGCUUCAUUUCAUGUUUCCACCUGAGUUCCAUGACAAUUGUUUUGAUGACAUUGUUGGAAAAAAGUGGGGUAAAGAGUGUGCUCUCAAUUGUUGUCAGAGAAAUAUUAAAAAAUCGUCAAAAAUAAAUAUUGAUUUGCACAUUGA